AAACUGAAGAAGCGCGUGCGCGGAGCGGGAACAGUAGCAGCAGACUGAAUGAAUGAGGAAGCUAUUGUCAUUAACCGUUGGUUUAAAUAGCUUGGAGACGGAUCGUACUUUUAAAAGUUUAGCCAAACAAACAGGUGCGAGCGGCGAACAGCUGAGAAUUAGAAAUGUAUCUCCCUCCUCCAGCAGGGUCCUUUCUGAUGCUGUUAUAAAGUCAGACUGGCAAAGGCAUCAAAGUUAAUGGAAAAAUGACUGAUUUAAAAAGUCGCAAGGAGUUCUACAAAGAUCUCACCGUGGAGCUGGUGAUCAUGGCGGGGACGGUCAUGCUGGCAUAUUACUUCGAGUACACGGACACGUUCAACGUGCAUGUGCAGGGAUUCUUCUGCUACGAGACCGCGUACACGAAACCCUACCUCGGACCCGAGGACACGAGCGCCAUCCCGCCCGCCCUGUUGUACGCGGUGGUCACUGGAGUCCCCACACUGCUGAUCACCGUGACAGAAACGGUUUUGUUCUUGAUACAGUACACAUCAAAAGAUCUUGACAGUCGAGAGAAGACCAUCGUGACCGGGGACUGCUGUUAUCUUAACCCAUUAGUGCGGAGGACUUUCCGUUUCCUUGGUGUAUACAUGUUUGGCCUUUUCACCACUGACAUCUUUGUGAAUGCUGGUCAGGUGGUAACGGGGAACCUGGCCCCUCAUUUCCUGACAGUGUGUAAGCCCAACUAUACAGCACUGGGUUGCCAGCAAGCUCUUCGCUACAUCAGCCAUCAGGAAGCCUGCACUGGCAACGAGGACGACAUCCUGCGUGCACGCAAGACCUUCCCUUCCAAAGAGGCAGCGCUCAGCGUGUACGCUGCUGUCUAUAUGGCUAUGUACAUCACAUUUACAGUGAAAGCCAAAGGAACUCGUCUGGCUAAACCAGUCAUGUCUUUGGGCCUGAUGUGCCUGGCUUUUCUAACGGGUAUUAACAGGGUGGCGGAGUAUCGUAAUCACUGGUCUGACGUCAUUGCCGGCUUUAUCAUCGGUGUGGCCAUCGCCACCUUUCUAGUGGUGUGUGUGGUCCAUAACUUUAAAGGCAAACAGCUGCUGAACGAGGAUCCCCCACAGGACCACCUAAGCAGCAAUCCGAUGGUCAGCUCACCUAGGGUUGAGAGUCCGCUGGAGAAGUACAUCGCUUCACAGAAUCACAUCGCCUUCGCUGAGAUCACGUGACCUUGAUUCACCGGUGUGGCAGACACAUUGGACAUCCACGCUGUUUACCGUCCAAUCCCGGUAGUCCCUGCUCAAUGCUAGCGCAGUGGUCAUAUUCUCUAUGGUGUCGUUUUGGAUCGCUCUGCCCUUGCUUUGUGUGUGUGGAAAUAUUGGUCCUGUCAACUAAUAACUGUUACUAUUACGCAACUUAUUACUGAAGCUGCACUUCACAUUUCCCUGACCAGUCCUGUUGGCUUUCUUGCAGACCGAGCUUUCAUCUAGAGCUCAGAAUAUCUCAGCUGCUCACAUAUGUGGAGAGGGUAUGUGUCUGUGUUUGCAUUUGAGAGGUUUAUGGCAGGUUGAUGCAAAAACAUACCUACGGAUUUCAAAAUGGACUUAACUUGUAGUUGUGGAUAUGUGUUUUUUUUGUCUUCAUAUAUUCUAGAAAAUGUUUAUUCCUAUAUAAAUUUAUUUGCCUUUUAGUGCUUGCACUGAAUGAGUGGAAACAUAUGGAAGCCUCUUUCUGUACCUCUGUAAUUUUGACAGAUUUUAUAC